GCGCGGCGAUGGCGGCGCUGGGCGCAGAGGAGCUGCGGGCGGGCGGCCCGGGGCUGGGCCCGGGGCUGGGCCCGGGGCUGGGCGCUAUUCCGCCGCACCCCGGCGUCCCGCCGCACCCCGGUGUCUCGCGGCGGCGCGGGCGCACGCUGCUGGUGCGGCACCUGCCCGCCGAGCUGACGGCGGCGGAGAAGGAGGAUCUGCUGCAGCACUUCGGGGCCGUGUCUGUGCGCGUCCUGUCGGACCACGGGCGGCUGAAACAUACUGCUUUUGCCACCUUUCCCAGUGAAAAUGCAGCUGCAAAGGCUUUAUCAAGACUGCAUCAGCUGAAACUUCUAGGUCACACGUUAGUUGUUGAAUUUGCAAAGGAGCAAGAGAGUGCACAGGUACUUAGCCAGCCUUGUGUCUCAGACAAGUGCAAAAGUUUAGAAGAACCAGUGAAAGAAGAGAAGAUGGAGCCAAACUGUGUUAAAAUAGAGCAUGGAAUUGCACCCAACCAUGGCCUCACCUUCCCCAUCAAUUCUUGCCUCAAAUAUUUGUAUCCACCACCUUCAAGUGCAAUUCUAGCAAAUAUAGCAAAUGCCUUGGCAAGUGUGCCCAAAUUUUAUGUCCAGGUACUUCAUCUGAUGAAUAAAAUGAAUCUUCCUCCACCUUUUGGACCAAUUACUGCUCGGCCUCCCAUGUACGAAGAGUAUUUACCAGCACCUGUGCCACCUCCCCCAAUCCCACCUCUGCCUCCUGAAGAGCCUCCUUUACCUGAAGAGGAAGAGGAAGGACUGUCUAGUGGGGAUGAAUCAGAAUAUGAAAGUGAUAAUGAUGAGGAAAAGGAGAGAAUGACCAAGUUGAUGGAAUUAGCGACCCUUCAGCCUAAAAGACCAAUAAACACAAAGAAACGUGGUGUUAGAAAAAAGCAAAGAAUUAAAGACAUGUUGAAUGUUCCAGUGUGUACUUCCCACAGUAAUUCGCACCCUACACUGUCACCUUCAGAUGUCUUUGAGCAGCCGCAGCACAUAGGUCAUAAAAAAAUAGAGUUUCAUAUUAGUACUGAGAUCCCAGCUGUUCUUCAGAUAAACUCAGAAAAAGAAGAAAAAAAUGACCUUUAUGCAGCCACAGAAGAAAUCAAUAAUACAGGCUUUGGAAGGAUUUUCCCAGCUCCUAGCUCAAAUGAUAAAAUGGAAACUGAAGAGGAAGAUGAUGAAAUACCAUCAGAAUUUAUUUCUAGAAAGGAUCUAGAAAAAAACAGACUUUCUAGAGAAGAAAUGGAAAAAUAUUCCGUUUUCAAAAACUAUGAGCCAGGUGAUCCAAAUUGCAGGAUAUAUGUGAAGAAUUUAGCUAAACAAGUUCAAGAAAAGGAUCUUAAGUUCAUUUUUGGAAGAUAUGUUGACUUCCAAUCAGAGGUGGAACGCAAUAUGUUUGAUAUCCGUUUGAUGAAAGAAGGCCGUAUGAAGGGACAGGCUUUCAUUGGACUUCCCAAUGAGAAAGCAGCUGCUAAAGCACUAAAGGAAGCAAAUGGCUAUGUCUUGUUUGAAAAACCCAUGGUGGUUCAAUUUGCCCGUUCAGCUAGACCAAAACAAGAUGCCAAUGAAGGGAAAAGAAAAAAGUAAAACACUCUACAAGGUCCCUUUUGUGUUCCAUCUCUUUCAAGUUAUUACCAAGCUGGGGAAGAAGCAAUCAUCAGGACUCUUGAACUGUGCGUAGUAGCAUUUCUAAAGUACUUAAGGCAGAGAAUAAAUUCUCACAUCAUAAAGAUUCCAUAUACAUUUAAAUAUCACAAGACUUGCAUCAUAAAUGUAUGUUAGAUUGCUUGUGAAAUCUAAUAAAUUAUUUCCCUUCUCUUCA